AUGUUGACUAGUGUAUUUUAAAUGUAAUUUAUUCCUGUGAUGGCAAAGCUGAAUUACUCCAGUCUUCAGUUACAUAAUCCUUCAGGAACAUUAUCAUCACAAUUAAAAAUGGCUGUGCUGUUUUUUUGGGGAAACCAUGACAUUUUUCAGGAUUCUUAAAGAAUGAAAAGUUCAAAAGAAGAACGUUGAUUUAAAAUAGCUUGUGUAACAGAGUAAAAGUAUUUUGAUCAAUGCAUCCUUGCUGAGUAAAAAAUAUUAAUGUAUAACAUAUAUAUAUAUGCUGCCCCCAAACACCUGAACAGUAGUGUAUACAUAUUCCUAUCAUCUUUCACAGUGCACUGCACACUUCACAGUUUCACACAGAAAAACACUGAUUAUUCAUUAUCAGGAAUGACCAAUACCGUUCCCAUAGGUAAUGAAUCAGUAACCAGUUGACUAGGCAAAUUUACCCAGUGUGCACAAAGGACAUCAAAAUCAGCCUUGAGUGAAAACAAGGAUUUUGCAAAGUCUGUUUUCAGAACUAAAAGAGGACACAUUCACUCUGUAUGAACCCACAGUGUUUUUUUUUCUUAACGCAGAAGCCCUGAUCUAGAUUAUGUAAGGAAGUUGAAAAGGGCUCUGCUAAUAUCAUAUAGUUAUUUCUGCACUGUGAUGGACAGGCUUGACCUCCAUUCAGCUCCAUCCUCCACUGACACCACCCUGCAGGGUCCCAGCACUGCUCUUACAAAUAAUAUCUACGCUGCUGUUAUUAAGGCGUUCAAGGGAGAGGAACUACAGCCGAAUGAACUGUACUGCUUGAAUGAAAAUACCAGGUGGCUUCUAAGGGCAGAUAUGGGGUUCUUUAUCAAAGAGUAUUUCCAGAAUCAGAUUUUGACCAAAGGUCUAUCAAUCAUUUUGGAUGAGAUUCAGAAGCAUGAAGGAGAGAGACAGCUGUUUGUUUUGGCCCAGGAGUGGGAUAGGUUUUUGAGUGAGAUUCUGCCCACGUUGCAGGCUAUUUUAUAUCCUCUGCAGGGGCAGGAGUUGACAGUGAGACAGAUGGCUCUUCUCGGUUUCAGGGAUCUGGUCCUACUGAAGCUCUCUCUGGGUGACCUGCUGUGCAAGAAUCGGUCUCUCAUCCCAGCAUCCAUCACUCAAAUGCUACUUGUGCUACAGGGAAUUCAGGAAUCCAGAGGCUCAUCAAAGCAAUAUUGCCAACUUGAGAGUCUGGUGGCGCUAGUGGUCAAACCCUACUUAUGGAACUGCAGACACGCAAGCUGCACUGAGCAAAGCGCCACAAGAGCACAAGUGAGUCAUCCUGAGAUAAGGAUUACUCAUCACAUCUCUGAAGGCUCUCUGCUGUCCCCUGUAGUAGAACAGGAAGGGGAGAUGUACCUCGAGAGAGUGGGAAACCUACGACGCCACAGCGUAACAAAUGCUCAUUCUGACAUUCAGCUGCUCACUGUUACUAGUACGGUAUACACUGGGAUGGACGACAGCUGCCAAACUAUGGAUCUGACUAAAACACACCUCUGAAGUCUCCCAUGUUAUGAAACCAUCCAACCAAGUGUGAAAGAAGACCGAAACUAUGUGACAUUCAAUAAUUUAUAAAGACAAACAU